AUGGCAACGAUUAAAGUUAUGUACAAUUCUAUAGCUCGUCGCUUUACCAUUUCACCCGACUCUACUUGGAUCAAUUUGGAAUUACAAUUAAGAAAUCUUUUCCAAAUUCCAAAUGUUCCAUUAAACAUCUCUUACACUGACGAUGAGGGAGAUGUGAUUACCAUUUCUAGCGAUUUAGAACUUCAAGAAGUUCUUUCACAACACUCUGCCGGCAAUGCUAUUAAACUCAUGUUAACUACUAACAACGAAAAAGAUGAUAAUGCAGAAAUAAAAAUACAUGAACCAGAAUUUCGUCCUAAUUCGGAACUUGAUUCACGACCUCCUUCGUAUUAUCGUCACGUGACAGUAACUGAUGAAGAUGAAUUCUUCGUUAAUGAUGACAAAAAGACCACUGGACAUUCUGAAACCACCAAAGAAUCUUCUGAAGAUACCAAAGUUAAAGACUCUUCUGAAUGUACCAAAGCUAAAGAAUCAUCUGAAGGUACCAAAGCUAAAGAAUCUUCUGAAGAUGCCGAAGAACAUAAUCUUACUCGAAUUAUUUUCUUGAUCCGCCAUCCCCGGGGACGUUCCUGUUAUUAUGGCCCUCGAUUUGGUCUUUGUCCUUUUGGAUACAAUAGUUUUUCAAAUUUUUAUCAAAAUCCCUUUUAUGGUUAUCCCUACACUAGCUUUGUGUCUAUUAGUCCUCAAUGUUCUGGUUCAUUUAGUAAAUGUAGUCAAUCUACUAAAGCAAAUAACUAUUGUUCUGAUAAAAAAUCUUGUAAUAAUGCUUCUAAUUCGGAAUGUCGUCGGGGUUAUACUGCUUUCCGAAACUGCCACAACCGUCAACUUUCUGCCGAACAAUUAUCUGAAAAAAUUAAGACCUUAAAUUCCAUGGGGUUUUCGUCAGAUAAUAAUGAAAAAUAUGAGGAUUUGUUAAGACGGUAUCACGGAAAUAUUAAUCGGGUUAUUGAUAUUUUAUUUAGAGAACAAGAAGAAAAUGGUAAAGCUUCAAGUUCAAAAAUUAAUGAGACUAAUAAGACGAAGGAUACAUCUCGAGAAAAUGAAGAGGUUUUGUCUUCUUCUCCAGUUAUGGUCGAAAUCAACUCUGAAAAUCAACCUUAUGCCUUGUAG